AUGGUGACGACGAGUAGGACUGCCACUGAGCACUACUAUGACGAGGAACUUGGCUGUUGGCCCAUUAUCGUCGAGCACGACGCCACGUACUGCAUCGACGUUCCCAUCUGCAGCGACUCAGUCCAAAACAUGAUGGGAGCCCGUCUAUUGACUUUUCAAAAGCGUGUGGUUAUUCCUAUGGCUCUACGUCAAGAAUUGGUGGAGUGGUACCACACCCAAUUGCCAUCGCUGACUGCCUCACGUACUCGGCCAGCUAUGGUGAAGGUGGCAAGUAAAAAUGCAAUGGAAGAUCGCGACGCAAACAGCAUUUUGGUCCAUCAGAACUUGGUACGUAUUGCUGUGUUAGCGAUUAAGCUCUCGAGUCUUGGAGAAGUGAGCGGCGAGCGGCUCGCUGGUCGCGACGUCUCCUAUCACCAGUAA